CAGCAAGUUUUCCAGUUCAUUUGCAUUUGAGCUGAGCGCCACUGGUUUCAAUCCGGCACUGCAAAUCCUGGCGCAAAGAGGAGAUAGUUGAGUCCCCCCUCGAAUGCAGAGCAGGGGUGUCUAACAGGUAGCAUUCCGGUAUAGGUAAUUGUUAGAUUGCUACUACCCGGAGCAAACAAUCGUAAAUAGAAGGGAGUGCUUUCUCAGUUCUGUGCUUGCUGUUCUGUAUCAAGACCAUUCACCAGGAUCCCAGCAGUACCAUAAGUCAGGCCGACAGUGAGAGCUAGAGUCACAUGAAAGGUGACCGCACCAGCUCAUCACCAUCGUUUGCAGUUGCAAAGAAGUUGGGUUUAGUUCAGAAACCUUGUCCUUUUUGUUAGCCACCUUGCGACCACCUGCCGUGCUGCAUGAUUUUGUUCGCACCCUGAAUCAACAACAUUCCCUUUCAUCUUUGCACCACUGUAGUCAAACAAUACAGAGUAAGGCACGCUUCAAUUGGAAGGCGGAGUCUGAUCAAAGUCAGAAUGGAAAGCUCACGGGGCAAUGCCGCUCGGCUCUUGAUGGCCACAACCGCCAUUGUCGCUCUCCUCGUUAUCGGAGCAGCGAUGUUUUCCUCGGGGAGCGAACUUUCUGAGCUUUCAGUCGCCCCACCCCGCCGCAUGCUCGCUGCUGACGUUAGCGCCGCAUCAGUAAAUGCUGAAAUCAUCAGCUCACUGAACACGACCAACGUGCGGACCUACUACAUCAGCAUUGAUGAGGUGGAGUGGGAUUACGCCCCUGGUGACGGCGACCUGUGUUUUAACCGGCCCUACACAGAUAUGGAGCUUCCGUACGCGCGUCCAAGUAACACCAGCAUUGGCAGCAAGUACACUAAAGCGCAGUUCAGGGCAUACACUGAUGCCACCUUCAGCCAGCUCUCCCCGGUGCUCCCCCAGUGGCAACACUUGGGCCUGCUCGGCCCUGUCCUCCAUGCGCAAGAAGGCGACACAAUCGUGGCCGUCGUCCGUAAUGCCGCCCAGUUCGACUUCACCUUCCACAUUGACGGCGCUGUCCUGUCCAACAACUCGACUCGUGUCGUUGGAGAUAUCCCUGGUUCUGUUGUGGCGAGCAAGUUGGUGCAGCCGGGGGCGCCGAAUGCAACGACGCUGAGGGGGAAUGUGGGGGGGGGUGCGGAGGCCAUUGCACCAAACACGACGGCAGUGUCGGUGUGGCAAAUCACGAGCAAGUCCGCUCCAGGUCCUGGCGAUGAGAGCUCCAUUCUUUGGCUGUACCGCUCAACGCUCAACGGCCAACAGGACAAUAACGCGGGUCUCUCAGGGCCGCUCAUCGUAACCCGCAAGGGUCAAGCUAACCCAGACGGCACGCCGGCUGACGUGGACAGGGAGAUUGUGGCGCUCUUCGAGGUCUUCGACGAGAAUGUCAGCCCCUUCUUCGACGAGGCGCUUAUCCCAGCGGGCGUGAACCAAACCGACGAGGAGGCUAUGGAGGCUUUCGCAGAGUCCAACCGCAAGUACGCCAUCAAUGGUUACACCUUCUGCAACAACGCUCCAACCAUGGUCAUGAACAGGGGCGAGCGCGUGCGGUGGUAUCUGGUCGCCCUGGGCAACGAGGUGGACGUGCACGCGCCCCACUGGCACGGCAACACGGGGGCGGUGUCCAACAACACGCAAGUCAUGGACCAGCUCAACCUGCUGCCCAUCAACAUCCAGACGUUCAACAUGGUGCCUGACGCCACGGGCACGUGGAUGUUCCACUGCCACGUCAACGAGCAUUUGAUGGCGGGGAUGAGGACCCUCUACCGAGUCGACGGGUUGGAUACCAUUGAGGCCCCGGGAACUGUUCGCCGUUACUUUGUGCAGAUCGAAGAGGUGCUGUGGGACUUCGCCCCGUCCGGCCAGAACCUCUGCUUCGACGACACGCCCGGCGCCAACGUAACGCUCGACCGCGGAACUGACCUUACGGACGACGAAGCGCUUUUCGUUAUCCCGAAUCCGGACAUCCCGUCCAUCGGAAGCGUGUAUAGAAAGGCGCGUUACAUUGAGUACACGGACGCCACGUUCCGGACGGUGGUAACGCGCCCCGAGACGGAGUCGCUCGGGAUCCUGGGGCCGAUCUUCAGAGCGGAGGUGGGCAACACCAUCGAAAUCGUGGUGCGCAACCAGGCCCAGUUCGCUUUCAGCAUGCACCCGCACGGCGUUUUCUACAACAAGUCCUCCGAAGGCGCAAGCUACGCCGACAACUCGACACUUAACGACGGCGGCCACGGCUUCAUCGCCCCGGGGGAGCAGUACACCUACCGGUGGGCCGUCCCCGCGCGCGCGGGCCCCGCGCUCGGCGACCCGAGCUCCAAGGUGUGGCUGUACCACAGCCACGUGGACGAGGUGGGCGACACCAACGCGGGCCUCAUCGGCGCGAUCAUCGUCACGCGCGCGGGCGCGGCCAUAAGCCCCGCAAACCCCGCGCCCGCGGGCGUCGACCGCGAGUUCGUCGCGUUCUUCGGGAUCCUGAACGAGCUGAGCAGCGUCUACGCGCUGAACAACACGAUCGACCGGGCGCUGGGAGGAAACGCGUCGUCGGAGGCGGUGGACCAGCUCUUGAGUAACGACGACUACAUCGAGAGCAACUUGAAGCACAGCAUCAACGGUCGCCUCUACUGCAACCUGCGCGGGCUCACGAUGCGCGUCGGCGAGCGCGUCCGGUGGCAUCUCGUAUCGCUCGGGUCCGUGCUGGACGUGCACGUGCCCUCCUGGGGGUCGCAUACGCUAUUGGCCCACAGCCAGAGGGUCGACUACACGCUCAUGAUGUCAUCAUCCAUGACGACGCUCGACAUGAUCCCGGCCGAGAUUCCUGGGGCGUUCAACUUCCAGUGCCACGUGGACGACCACUACCUCGCGGGCAUGAAGGCCAUGUUCCAGGUUAACGCGACUUCCGCUGGUCCGCUGACCGCCCAAGCGGACCCCACCGGAACGGUCCGCACGCACUAUAUUGCGGCACAACAGGUAACUUGGGACUACGCCCCCCUUGGUGCGGACGGCAACUGCGGCGGCCUGCAAUUUGGACAGGUUGCGGAUGCGGACACGUGGCUCAACAACACUGGCCCAAACCAGAUAGGACCAAUCUACACGAAGGCUGCUUACCUCGAGUACACAGACGCCACGUUCACAACGUUGCUCGCGGCCGCGCCCGACGAGGGCGGCCGCGCCCCCGGCCAGCGCGGCGAGCACCUGGGGCUGCUGGGGCCGCUCCUGCGCGCGCAAGUGGGCGACACCAUCAAGGUCGUGUUCAAGAACAUGCUCACCAACAUGACUGCCAACAUGGUGCCCAGCGGCCUCAGCGCGGGCCUCCCGGGCUCGUCCGUCAACGGCUCAACUGAAUUCUUGUCCGACAGCUCUCAGGCUGAGGUGGCACCCAACGAGACGGUCACGUACGAAUGGCCGGUUACCGCGAACAUGGGCCCCGGCCCACUCGAUGGGAGCUCCAUCCUGUGGCACUACCAGUCCACGAUCGACACCCCUACCGGAAUUUACGCCGGCUUGAUCGGCCCCAUCAUCAUCACCGCUCGGGGGAUGGCCCGGGGGGGCAACGUGACCGCGGAUUUGGCCCCCCCCUUGAUGCCCAAGGACGUGGACCGGGAGUUUGUGACGGUGUUUGGCGUUUUCAACGAGAACAAGAGCCCGUUCCUGGCGGAGAAUCUGGUCCAGUUCGCGAACGUGAGCCGGGAAGAGGCCGACAGCGUGGCGCAAGACAUGCAGGAUAACGACGAGGAGAGCAACCUGAAGCACGGGAUCAACUUCAGGUUCUUCUGCAACUUGCCCGGUCUGACCGCAACCCUAAACGACCGCGUCCGUUUCCACACUCUCGCAAUUGGAUCCGAGGCCGAUCUGCACACGCCCAACUGGGGGGGUGGCAUCUCCGUUCUGCGGCAGGGGGGGAAACGGACCAUGAGCUUCGGACUGCUGUCCGGGAUUGCGCAGUCUGCGGACACUGCUGCGGACGUCCGGGGGAGCUGGGUAUAUCACUGUGCGGUGCACGAUCACCAGAACGCGGGGAUGCAAGCGCUGUACGAAGUGGUUUAAGAGUCUGGUUAGAGGGUUUGUGAAUCGCUCUGUAACGGGUCAAAGCCUCUCAAAGGCUUUUGCGAUUCAGUCAGAGAAUUCAAUAUUUUGGAGUUGUGGAGUUAUACGAUUCAUUAUUGGGAGAGCGGCUCCCGAAAGGUUCGAAGAACGAUAUGCAGCGGGCUCGGUAUCGUAUCAUACACGCGUCGUCAAGCGCUCUUUAUUCUCUGUGAUACUAGAGGGCUGCAGCGGGAGCUUUUUGGACAGCAUCCAUUAUGAGCUGCCCCUUGCGGCCCCCAGUUUUGAGUAAUCAGCGCAGCGCUGCGGAUUCUGGUAGAAGGAUUGAUGUAGGUGCCAGUUUGAGAUGUCGGACAGAGAUUCAUGCAAGAAACGGACACACGGCGGCAAGCUUACUGAACAGAUUAUAGCUGGUAGCUCUUCGAGUCAGACAUCAGACUUCCAAUGUUGUGAGGAAAACUGUAUGCAUGCAUGUUGUUUUAUAUGGAAGAACGUGACGUACAUUAUGUGCAGAU